AUGUACUUCCAAACCAAACUGCUGUCAUUUCUCUCUCUGUUUUCAGCAUUCACUGUGCGCAGUCGCUCUGGCCCUCUGGUUGCUCCUCUGGGAUCUUCAGUGGUUUUGCUCUGUUAUGUUAAUGAACUCUUAGUAAUGGAGGAUCUGGAGGUGGAAUGGAGAAGAACAGACUCAGGGACUCUGGUUCAUCUGUAUCAAGAUGGUGAGAGUCAAGCAGAGAAACAACAGCAGGAAUAUCAUGAUAGAGCUCAUUUCUUUACUGAUCAGAUUCAACAUGGAAACUUCUCCCUCCGUCUGGACAAUCUGAGAGCUGAAGAUGAGGGACGAUACACAUGUAGAGUUUACAGUCAGCAGGAUUCUGGAGAAACUGUGGUUCAGAUAAAACAUGAGCGUUUGCUAGUAUCAGGAUCAGAUCGGUCUGUAUCUGCAUAUGAUGGUGAGGACAUCACUCUGAGCUGCUCUGUAGAUUCUCACAUCACACCUGAGCACAUUAAUGUUUCAUGGAUAAGAACAGAUGGAGAUAUUCUGGUUCUGCUCUACCAAAACAAUAAGACUUUACCAGAUUCAUCAGAUGAGCGAUACAGAGACAGAGUUGAGCUCUUCACUGCUGAGAUCCCCAAAGGAAACUUCUCUCUCAGACUGAAGAGUGUCAGAACUGAGGAUAAAGGAGUUUACAUGUGUUUAGUGUCUGCUGGAGGACUUUCAGCCAAUGCAACUGUGGUACUGGAGCAACUGGGUUUCUCUUCUUGGCAUGUAGCUGUGUUAUGUUUCUGUUUUGCUGCUGGAUCUGGAGCUGUGCUUCUGCUCUGCUCUCUGAUCUACUGCAGAUCAAAAAACACUGACACCAGCAGCAUAAUCUGGACUCUUCAGGUUUCUCUGGUCUUUUGUCCAAACAUCUGUAUGUUCUUUGCCUUCAUGCUUUGGGGCUUUACUGAAGGAUCUCUGCAUGAGACUGUCACCUGCUGUGCUCUUUAUUUUCUGAGACCUGUAAUGUUGAUUUGGGCUUUGCGCUAUUUGAAGUAUCUUCAAGACAAUCAUAAAUCAUGGAUCAGGUUUUUCAGAAUAACAAGAGAACUUGCUGUUCUUACAGUCAUUGUUUAUUCAGUCCUUUUUGCAUACGGCUGGAGAAUUAGUGCACAUGAUACAGACAAUAAAAACAGUAUAUCCUCAGGAAUAUGCUUUGGAAUUGUUGUGCUGUCUAGUCUCUUCCUGAGUGAAGGUAAGAGUUUCUAUAUGAUUUGAGUGGCAGGCUAAGUA